UCUGACCUCCCAUAUCAUGCGCGCUGUCGUCCAGAAAGUCGUGAACGCUAGUGUAGCCGUCGAUGGCAAGACCAUCUCGCAAAUCGGGCGUGGUCUUAUGAUCCUUGUGGGCAUUAGCCGCGAUGACACAAACGAGGAUCGCGACUGGAUCAUCAAGAAGGUCCUGGCGGCCAAGUUGUGGGACGGCGAGGACGCAUGGCGCAAGAGCGUGACGGAGAUCGAAGGCGAGGUGCUGUGCGUCUCGCAGUUCACGCUCUUCGCAAACUUCAAGGGCGCGCGGCCAGACUUCCAUGACUCGAUGUCGACACUGCCUGGUAAAGCGAUGUACACGUCCUUCCUCGAGCAAAUCGGGUCGGCGUACCGCCCCGACCGGAUCAAGGACGGCCAGUUUGGAGCCAUGAUGGCUGUGUCCCUCACCAAUGACGGUCCUGUGACGAUCAUCUUUGAUAGCAAGGAUCGACAGGGCUCGAGACGGAGCGCGCCAGGCUCGGGUGCUUCAACACCACGUGGACAGCCGCAGCCGCCGCCCAAAGGGAGCGCCGAGGCCGAGGAGAUCGCGAAGGCCAAGAUUGCGGCCAAGAAGGCGAAGAAGAAGGAGUGGGAGGAGCGCAAGGCGCGAGGCGAGAUCCCAGGUAAAGGAGCGUUUGCUCGCGGCGAGAUUCCAGUCGCAAAGAAGGGAGAGACAGUGGCCGACAAGGUCAAAGAGCUGUCUCUGAAUGGCGCGGAGUAGUGAUAUGGGCGUUUGCAUGGUUGUUCUCAUUCAGCG